UGAUCAACUCAGUGAGCUGUCAAUAUCAUUUGUUUGCGUGUUGCUUGCUUUUUGCCGCAAACGGCUUUUUACAUUCUAAUUUUUAGAUUAAGUACUUAAUUGUUAACAAAAAAGAGAAGAAGAGACAACAUGCUGCACACAUUACUUGGUGUUGCUCUGGCGCUCAUCAGCCUAAUCGAUGUCAACCAAGCUGCCAAGACGAACUACGUUACAUGUGGCUCCAUACUGAAAUUGCUCAACUCGGACUAUGCAUAUCGGCUGCACUCGCACGAUGUCAAAUAUGGCUCUGGGUCGGGGCAGCAGUCGGUGACGGGCGUGGAGCAAAAAGAGGAUGUCAACAGCCACUGGAUGAUCAAGGCGCAGGCGCAGAAGAUGUGCGAUCGCGGCGAUGCCAUCGCAUGUGGCGCAACCAUUCGAUUGGAGCAUCUGACCACUAAGAAGAAUUUGCAUUCGCAUCAUUUCACAUCGCCGUUGUCCGGGGAACAGGAAGUGUCCGCCUAUGGCGUCGAUGGUGUCGGCGAUUCCGGUGACAAUUGGGAAGUGAUCUGUUCCAAUGAGAGUUGGAUGCGCGAUGCUCAUGUGCGAUUGCGUCACAUCGACACUGGCAUGUAUCUGGGCAUGUCGGGUCGCUCCUAUGGCCGCCCAAUUUCGGGGCAAAUGGAAAUUGUGGGUUUGCAUAGUCCACAGCAUGGCACGCGAUGGACCACAUCGGAGGGACUGUAUAUUGUGCCAAAGGAAAAGGAGUCCUUGCACGAGGAAUACGCUCACCAGGAACUGUAGUUGCCCACCCCCUUUUAAUUGCUACUUUAAGUUGUUUAAAUUAUAAUCUAGAUGAAUUUGUGUAAAGCGAAUAUUUCAACAAUUUGCCUCUGACAUUAAAAAAAAAAAAAAAAAAAACAAACAAAAGAACACUUAAAA